AUGACUCGCCGUCCUGUCUACUUCAAUCCGGCAGCCAAAUCAUGGACCACGCCGUUAACAGAUAGCCCAGAACUGGCGUAUCGCUUCCAUUCACAACUACCGGCCUAUUCGCAAACAAACUUGGUCCCUCUCAAGCAUCUCGCCGAGGAGUUGGGCGUCGGUGCCGUCCAUCUUAAAGAUGAGACAUGUCGACUUGGACUCCCUUCCUUCAAGAUUCUGGGGGCCUCGUGGGGCACGUUUCGAGCCAUCGCCCAGCGACUUAGCCUUCCUCUCGAUUCUUCUCUCGACUCGGUCAAGCAAGCAUUGAAAAGCACCAAAAUCGGUCUAUACGCAGCCACGGAUGGGAACCAUGGCCGUGCCGUUGCACGUAUGGCAUCCAUCCUAGGCGUCACUUCGCAAAUCCACGUACCUGUUUCCAUGCAUAGCUGUGCCAUCGAUCGUAUAAAGUCAGAGGGCGCUCAUGUUGUCGUUUCCGAUGGCUUCUACGAGGCUGCUGUCGUCGAUGCACGAGUGGCAGCUGCCAAAGACGAGACCGCCCUUGUGGUUCAGGACUAUGCCUCCGGUGACUAUGUUCAAAUCCCACAGUGGAUUGUGGAUGGCUACCUCACCAUGAUGUUGGAAAUCGAUGGCCAGCUGGGGGCUGCUACCCCUGACCUCGUUGUAGUACCCGUUGGUGUGGGCUCUUUUGCCCAGGCUGUAGUGACACACUUUAAGGAAUCGGGAAAGCAAACCACCGUCCUCACGGUCGAGCCUGAUACAUCCGCCAGUCUCUGGAAGAGUCUUGGGAGGGGUGAAUCCUCCUCAACCUCGGAAAAGACACCCAGCAUUAUGGCGGGGUUGGAUUGCGGGACCCCUUCAUCUAUUUCCUGGCCCAUUCUCCGCCACGGAGUGGAUGCAAGCCUAACUGUUUCCGAUUUUGAAGCUCAUCAAGCUUGCGGCUAUUUAAUCUCUCAAGGCGUAUCUGCAGGACCUUGCGGUGCGGCACCUAUUGCUGCUCUCAGGAGGCUGAGUCCUGAGGAUAGAGAAAAGCUCGGCCUGACCAAAGAUUCGGUUGUGGUUGUGUUUUGCACAGAAGGCCCAAGAGACUAUGACAUUCCCUACGACGUGUCGAGCGACGACCCUGUCGAGUUGACCCAGACUUUGGUCAGGAUCAACUCGGCCAAUCCUUCCAUGGGAUCUAGUCCUGGCCCUGGAGAGACUGCAGUCGCCCGGUACGUCACUGCUUGGCUGGAACAUCGUGACAUUGAGACUCACUGGAUCGAGCCAACCCCGGGGCGGCCUUCUGUAAUAGGCGUUGCGCGCGGAUCGGGUGGUGGCAAGAGCCUUAUGCUCAACGGCCAUAUCGACACUGUGACACUCGUGGGGUAUGAGGGAGAUCCCCUCAGCGGCGACAUCAUAGACGGCAAGCUCUACGGUCGUGGAGCGGCUGAUAUGAAAUGCGGCAUCGCAGCCGCCAUGGUCACCCUAGCCAACGCAAAACAGCAAGGCCUAAGGGGAGACGUGAUUUUCACAGGGGUAGCAGACGAGGAGUUUGAGAGUAUCGGUACGCAGCAGGUGCUGGAAGCAGGUUGGACGGCCGAUGGCGCCAUUGUCAGCGAGCCGACUAGCAUGGAUAUCCUAUACGCACACAAAGGCUUUGUAUGGUUUGAGGUGGACAUUCAUGGCCUGGCAUCUCACGGCUCGAGAUACGAUCUUGGUAUCGAUGCAAUCUGCAAGGCAGGUUAUUUCCUCGUCGAACUGGAUAGACAUGCAACCAGUCUGACAGCACAAACCGGCGAUUCCGUUCUUGGGCCGGGGAGCAUACAUGCUUCCAUCAUCAACGGGGGCGAAGAAGUCUCGUCCUACCCUGCAUUUACUCAGAUCCAGCUCGAGCGUCGGACUGUAAACGGCGAGACACCAGAAACGGUAAGGAAGGAGCUAGAAAAUAUCCUCAACGGCCUGGCUGAGACGGUCCCAAACUUCAAAUACAGUCUACGGACCACCUUUGACCGGUCACCCUUCAAGGCCGACCUUGACCAUCCUUUCUCGCAGCUCGUCCGAAAGCACGUAAGCAUCACAUUGGGAGAGGAGCCAGUCAUAUCGGGGGCACCCUACUGGACAGACUGUGCGCUCCUGGCUGAUGCUGGUAUUCCAUCGCUACUUUGGGGGCCAAAGGGAGAAGGGCUGCAUGGGAAACUGGAAUAUGCAGACGUGGAAUCAAUAAAGCAGGUCACGGAGACACUGAAUGCAAUUGCCGUCGAGUUUUGCAGCUAA